GACGUGAGCGCUGACCAAUCAAAUCACUCUUCUCAGUCAGCGUGCGCCGUCUUCCCGCAUGAGUCCGCCCACAUCAGAAAAUCUUCAUGUGAGCUUCCCUGAUGCUGCCAAUGCUCGCGGACUAUUCUGUAUAUAGAAGCAUGAGAAGUCAUUUACACAGACAUGGAUAAAUAUGAGAGGUUGAAGAAAAUUGGGGAGGGAUCCUUUGGGAAAGCCAUCCUGGUCAAGUCAAGGACAGACAGCCGACAAUAUGUUAUCAAGGAGAUUGGCAUCUCCAGGAUGUCGAACAAAGAAAGGCAAGAAUCACGCAAAGAGGUGGCAGUUCUGGCUAACAUGAGCCAUCCAAACAUCGUCCAGUACAAGGAGUCCUUUGAAGAGAGUGGUUGUUUGUACAUAGUAAUGGCCUACUGUGAGGGAGGAGACCUGUUUAAGAAGAUCAAUAAUCAGAGAGGGACUCUAUUCACUGAGGAACAAAUUCUUGACUGGUUUGUGCAGAUCUGCCUGGCUCUGAAACACGUACAUGACCGCAAAAUCCUACACAGGGACAUCAAAUCACAGAAUAUUUUUCUGACCAAAGAUGGUACCAUACAGCUGGGUGACUUUGGAAUCGCUAGAGUCUUGAACAGCACCGUGGAGUUGGCGAGGACAUGUAUUGGCACACCUUACUACCUGUCACCAGAGAUAUGUGAAAAUAAACCAUACAACAACAAGAGUGAUAUCUGGGCCCUGGGAUGUGUCCUGUAUGAAAUGUGCACGCUUAAGCAUGCAUUUGAGGCUGGAAACAUGAAGAACCUGGUGUUGAAAAUCAUCCGUGGUUCAUACCCGCCUGUUUCCGUGCAUUACUCCCAAGACCUGCGCUCUCUCUUGGCCCAGCUGUUCAAGCGCAACCCCCGGGAGAGACCCUCCGUCUCAGUCAUUUUGGACAAGCCUUUUCUUGCUCGCAGGAUUCACAAGUUUCUCAGCCCUCAGAUUUUUGCUCAGGAAUUCAGCCACUCACUUCACCUUAAUCAGCCUAAAAUGGGUGUGGCCCAGGGAGCACCAGCCAAACGCCCUGCCCCAGGCCCCAUCCCCAUCUCCCCAGCUCAGAAAAUCACAAAGCCAGCAGCUAAAUAUGGAGUGCCUUUAACAGUCCGAAGACCAUCUGAUGCCAUCAGAAAGGUCCCGGAUGCGGCAAAGAAACCAGUCAAACUCAAGCAGGCUCCCCCUCCUGCAGCAGCUCAGAGGAGAGUGAGUCGAGUGGAGGAGGAGAGGAGGAAGCAUGAGGAAGGACUGAGGAAGAAACGGAUGGAGAUGAUGGAGAGGGAAAGGAAGCAAAGAGAACAGAUGUUGUUACUGAAGGCUGCUCAGAUGAAGAGAUUUGAGAGGGAAAAGCUGAACCGAAUCAACCGGGCUCGGGAGCAGGGCUGGAGACAUGUGCUCAGUUCCAGUGGAGGCAGCAGUCCUGAGCGAAAGUUUUAUGGGAGUGGUGGCGGCGGCAUUGGAGCACCACAUUCCCCUGCAAUAGGCCCCUCCCCUGUGCCUGGCCCCACCCACGCCACACCUUAUCUCCCUGGCCCCACCCCUAUUGCUGCUCCUGUUCCUGCUUUAGCUCCAAGCAGAGCUCCAUAUGACCACGUCCACCCAGCAGCUGAAAAACCAGCCAAACCUACACCUAAAGUUGGUGCUGGAGAAGCAGCCAAGUCUUCAGGGAACAAUGGCAGCACCUCUGCUGACUCUGGGACGCUGAAUGGUCAUGCCUGCAUCCCUAUUAAGGAUGUUGUCAGGAAAGAACCACGUAAAGCAAGUCUCCAAAACGAGCAGAUUUCAAAAAACGACUAUGCCAAUAGGUUUCGAGGUCAGCUGGUGGCAGAGAGGACUAAACAGGUGGAAGAGUUUCUACAGCGGAAAAGAGAAGCCAUGCUGAAUAAAGUCCGUGCGGAAGGACAGCUGGGGGCCCGGCAAAACCUGGCCGCCAUCUUUGCAAGCUGGACAAACUCCUCCCGAUGCAGGAGACCCCAAGUCAACAAAGAGGAGGAGGAGUACUUGACGAGAUUACGACAGAUCAGACUACAGAACUUUAAUGAACGCCAGCAGAUCAAAGCUCGCCUCAGAGGAGAGAAGUAUGACAGUGACUGCUCAGACAGUCAGGAGCCAUGUGAAGAGGCAGUACUCAGAAGGAAGAAGAUCGAGGCCUUGAAGGCCCAGUCAAAGGCUCGUGCUGCUAUACUUAAAGAACAGCUGGAAAAGAAGAGAAGAGAAGCCUAUGAGAGAGAGAAGAAAGCAUGGGAGGAUCAUCAGCUUGUUGCACGAGGAGUGAAGGUUGCUGUUGGAGCUGUGGGUGGAGCUCCACCUCCUGCAGCACCUGCCACUCAGCCAUCUGACUCCACCUCUCAGGAAGAUGCUUCCAAAGCCACACCCUCCUUUAGACCCACCACUCCAGCCAUCUCCAUGACUGCUGCUCUGAAGGAUGUGGGCGCGAUUUCAUUAGGGCAGAGUUCUCCUAUGAAAGAGGUCUCCCUUAAGGCAGAAACAUCUGGUGUACAGAGUGACAAGAAGGAGAUUCUUCGCCAGCUUAAUCAAAAGGUGCAAUCCACUGAGGAAGAUGCUGUGAAAGAUCCCACACCUUGCAGCAGUGCAUCAUGCCCAACUCCUCAACAGAUCCAACCUUCCAUCACUGAGGAAAGGCCACCUACAGCUGGUGAUAGGAGGAAAUGGGAAGCUGUAGCUCCACCCAUAUUGUCUGUAGCUGAACAAACUCUGGAGGAGACCAGUGCAACUUUGACAGUGUCUCAUUUGGCAUCUCCAGAGAUGAAUGCUCCCUCUGGUGGAGACAGGAAGAAGUGGCAAACUGAUGGUACCCCUCUUCUGUCUGUGGCUCAGCAGACUCUGGAAGAAACCAGCUUUACAACAGCAAGUCAGCUAACAGAAAAAACAGCAGGUGAAGUCAUUUGCAUGGAUGCUUGGCAGGGGGAGGGGCUAAGGAAGGCUUGGGGGCAGAGUCCAGACUCGGAGGUUCUGAAGGUGUUGGAAGAGGCAGAGCUCCAGUCCUUUACCCAGAAACUAGAUCCUGCCAGCACCAGUGACCACACACUGACUGAAAGCCUUAAUCUCAUUGAAGAGUCUUUAGAUGUCACUGAUGAAACCAAACAAGUGCCUCUUCCUCAGCCACGCCAGCUUGCCAUUGGCCUUGCCAAACAAGAAGUGACAUGUCAGGAGAUCACUGCAGAGGUUAAAAGUCUGGAAAUAAUCCCACCAACACCAGAGGAGAUAAAAAAAAUUCAGUCUGGAGAAAGUGAGACAGAGGUGGUAGAUGAUAUGGAGUCAGUAGUUCUGGAUGAAUCCUCUCAGCAACCCUCAAAGCCCCCCCCAGCAGAUGUAAUCCAAGCAUGGAUAAAUGACACUCCAGUGUCUCUGCCAGCAGAGGGCAGAGUAUUACAAGCAGAUUGCACAGAGAUAACGUGCAGAGAAGAGAAACAGACUGAACCUGCAGUUGAUGAGUCUCUGUUUGUGAAGCUAAGCAGUAGUCCAGCUCACAGACGUACAGUAGCUUUGGCCAUCCUGUCUGCUCAGUCCUCAUUGGAAGACUCUUCCUCUGUCACCUCGCGUUCCCGCUCUGUCUCUCCACUGCGCUCCCACCGGCGUGAUGACACACUUCUCAUUGGCCUGUCCACUGGCCUCUUUGACGCAAACAACCCAAAGAUGCUGAGGACGUGCUCCUUACCAGACCUCAGUAAAGUGUUCAGUGAUGCUGCAGAACCUGAAGGUGCAGUUGCUCCUGACAGCAACCUGGAGAUUGAAGAUCUGGAGGAUAAAGCAGAUGAGCAGUCUGAAUCUGAGGAUGUGUAUGAGGAUGAUGAUCUGAGGGAGCUCAGAGCAUCUAUGGAGAGGCUUCUCCAGGAGGAGCGCAGUGAUGAUGAUGAUGAUGAAGAGGAGGAGGAUGGUGGAUCCAACAGCAGCCCGGCUGAUGACGAGGCAGCUGGUCUUAUUGGGUUGGCUAGGGCUGGUGAUGACAAACGCAGUUCAGAGGGGGAGUGUUUUAAUGGAAUGGCUGAGCAAGAUGAUGAUGUUAGCCACGGUGAAGAAGAACCAGGAGGGCCAGUUACUAACGGAAUGGAGGUUGAGGAAGAUGAAGAGCAGAACAGCAGUGAAGGCAAGCUUAAUGAGGAGUGGCAGAAUGACAGUGAGGAAGAGGACGAUGAAGACCUAGAGCAACAGGACAGUAUUUUCAGUCGUCUGGAGGAGCUGCGGUUCCAUCUAGAGCAGGCCAUGGGCUUUGAGAACUUCAUACAAGCCUACAACAAGAUCAAGGCUAUUCAUGAGGAUGAAGAUGAGAACAUUGCUAUGGGCUCCAGCAUGGUGCAAAGCAUUUUAGGAACUGAGCACCAGCACUUGUAUCCUAAAAUCCUCCAUUUGGUGAUGGCAGAUGGAGCUUACCAGGAAGAUAAUGAUGAAUAGAAGUUUAUUCAUCCGUGCCGCCGUGGCAGCCUUGGACAAUCUGCUGGCAGGCUGAAGUAUUCCCAUGAUGCACUCUGACAGGCUGAGGAGGU